AUGCCACCCAAAGCCGGAUCUAAAGGAGCCAAGAAAGCCGCCACUAAGGCGAAGGCCCAGAGAACUGGGGACAAGAAAAAGCGCAGGAAGAGGAGGGAAUCCUAUGCCAUCUACAUUUACAAAGUCCUGAAGCAGGUCCACCCAGACACUGGCGUUUCCAGCAAAGCCAUGAGCAUCAUGAACUCAUUUGUCAAUGACAUUUUUGAGAGAAUUGCUGCUGAAGCUUCCCGCCUGGCCCACUACAACAAACGCUCAACCAUCACCAGCAGAGAAAUCCAGACCGCUGUCCGUCUUCUCUUGCCCGGUGAAUUGGCCAAGCACGCCGUCUCUGAGGGUACCAAGGCUGUCACCAAGUACACCAGCAGCAAGUAAACUGCAAGGACUUGUACCUCAAACUCAAAACGGCCCUUUUCAGGGCCACACAAAUUUUUUGAAAAGAUACCUAUAUAACAGCGCAUCGAGAAACGUUCUAUUAAUGAAAGUAUGCAUAGUACAUAAAUACUGUCACUGCGUGUUGAAACUACACGCAAUGUCAGUGUAUAUUGAAAUGGAGUGCAGAGAAUGAAUAUUACAUUAUGCAUGAACAUAUGGAUAGAUAUAUAUAUAUAUAAGUCUAUACACAUGCACACACAAAUGGUUCAUUGGUGUCAUUCAGCAGCAUUGUUUAAUGUGCUGUGCUUCUAGGUGUUUAAUUUGAUAUUAUAUGCAUCAAUCUUCUAUGUUAACCACACUAGACCUGUGUAUAUAUAUAUAUAUAUAUAUAAACAACUUGCAUGCAUAUUCAUUUUAAUAAGAAGUUAACAAUUAAACAUAACUACACGAUACAAUUUACACAUGUGUACCAUAUAUAUGAACAUAUCUUGUAUUAUUAAUAUUAUGUUUCUUAUAAUUAUUGUAAAUUUGUCAUAAUAUAAUAUAAUUAUUGUAACCUACCUGCUAAAGAUUGUUGGAUUCUGCAAUACUUUUGAAUGCAUGCAUCAUGAUGAGUAUUGAGUAUGUCCAUUGCAUAUAUAUAUAUGGUACACAUGUGUAAAUUGUAUCAUGUAGUUAUAAUGUUUUAAUUGUUAAUUUGUAUAUGCCCCCUGAGGGCCCUUGAUUGGUGAAUAAAUAAUAAAUAAAUAAAUAUAUAUAUAUAUAUAUAUAUAUAUAUAUACACACACACACACACACACAUAUAUGAACAUCAUAAUUGUGUACUGGAAUUUGGUCCUGUAUUGUAUUUUGUGAUUUGAAUCAUAUAUGCCGAGUGUUGGGCCCUAAUUUGGAAUAAAUCGUAUCAACGACAUAUAGAUAUAUCAUAUAUACAUAUCAUUAUAUAUUUCUGAUGAUUUAGAUAUUGAACUUUUGUAACACUAUCAUGUUAAUAAAUGUAUGCAGUGCAGCAAUGUGGAUUCUGACAGUAGUAGUGCAUCUGAAUGAUUGUCAUUUAUCUAUUUUGUUGUUUCUAGUACGGUGUAUUGUUUCAAAAGUGUACAUGCCUCCCGAGGGCCCUAAAAAUUGGUGAAAUAAACAUAAAUUCAUAAAUAAAUGAUAACUUCCAACUUGAAAAUCAUUUAGUACUUUGCCUCCAUUUGAACAGAGGAAAAUGAUACGAUAUAUGUGCCAAAUAGGAAGCGGUUGCUAUUUUAGCAUUUCUAGAGAUCUCUUAUUUAUUAUAAUCAUUAUUAAUGUAAUUCCAGACAUGGUAUGUGGGUUGGUUUUUUUUUAGAUAAUCAGAACCUUGCAUCAUCAUGUGGUAUCUUUUGUAACGCAUGGAUUAGCAUUACCUACUCGAUCCAAACCAGUGUUAUUAUAUAAUAAGUAAUGUGCAAUGUAUCAAAGGGACAUUAGCUGUCAUUUAUUCACCCAAAAUUGAAUUUAAAUGAAAAUUGUUCUACAUUAUAUAUCUCAGUAAUAACACCAGUAUUUCAAACACCUUUUAACCUCAAAGCAGGCACAUGAAUAGGUAGUGUUGGUGAUUAAAUAUUUAAUAUUAUUGUCUUAUCUUGUUUCCUAUACAAAAUAAAUGUUGUUAUUAGUCAUUAAUGUACAGAUUCCUAUGCCAUUGAGAGAGAGGAAGAAAAAGGUUGCCAUCACUUUCACAGCAAAUGAAUACCCCUUUAAAUUUUUCAAACACAUUUUGUCUGCACUCGUGUGUUAUUGCAAGAUGCCUGGAGUAAGAAAUAUAAAAAACAAAACUGUCCCUCCCUUAGUGCUUUGUGUACUCCCAAUAUGAAAAGAAAUCAAGUAAUGAAUUAAAAUUUCACAACUACAUACACAAGAUUGCAUUCAGUAAAGUUGUAUAUGUUAAUCGUGUUUGGCGUGCAGUGGGCAAGCAUGAGGGUAUAUAUUUAUGAACAAUGCAAGCUAAUUACGUAUGCAUCCCAGAUAAAGUGUGCAAGUAAUUAACCUGGCAAUAUCCUCAACUGUUAAUCGUUAAGCAAUCUGCACUGCAAAUGAAAUGAAAACAAUAACCGUUUCUCAAAGUCGUUUCAUAGAGAUGUCUUUUCAAAGAAUUUUGGUGGCCGUUAAAACGGCCGUUUGGUUUUGCGCUGUGAAGCACAAACGAUGGUAGAGUUUCUAACCACCGAAUCCGUACAGGGUACGUCCCUGUCUCUUGAGGGCGUAGACUACGUCCAUGGCUGUGACAGUCUUUCUUUUGGCGUGCUCGGUGUAGGUGACAGCAUCACGAAUGACGUUCUCAAGGAAAACUUUCAACACACCACGGGUCUCCUCAUAAAUGAGUCCAGAGAUACGUUUGACUCCACCUCUACGUGCAAGACGACGGAUGGCGGGCUUGGUGAUACCCUGGAUGUUAUCUCUAAGGACCUUCCUGUGACGCUUGGCGCCCCCCUUUCCAAGACCUUUUCCUCCUUUGCCUCUUCCUGACAUCUUUGCUUAUCAAUAGACAAGUUCUGAAU